AUGAAAAAUCACGAGAAUCGGCCUACUGGCGGUGCACCAUUCCCUGAAGUGAAUAAGGUGUACACCCACUACUCUAGGCGUGGAAAAGGUUGUGACCCCAGUCAAGGUCAUGGUCGUGCAAGUGAUAGUGAUCGUGGUCGUGAUAAUGGUCAAGGAAGAAAUUCUUAUCUUGGUGUUAAUCAUUCAUCAAAGAAGAAUCACUACCAGAGAGGGAAAAAGAAGGAUGAUAGGCAUGAAGUGCCAGAAGCACGUAGCUCAGAAAAUAAAUGCUAUCGAUGUGGUAGAAGUGGACACUGGUCACAUACCUGUCAUACGGUGAAGCACUUGAUUGAGCUUUAUCAAGCAUCAAUUAAAAGGAAAGAGAAAAAUCCCAAAGCUAAUUUUAUCUCUGAAAAUCAAGUUGACAUUACACACUUGGAUGUAGCAGAUUUCUUUGAGCGCCCUGAAGGAAAGACAGAUCACUUGAUUGGUGAUGGAUUUGUUGUUAGAGGUGAUAGAGUAGUUUUAUUUUAA